AUGGAAGAGAUCAAAGAGACCGAACGCGAUCAUCGUGAAUUUGGGCCUGCGCUAGUGUCCUCUCCAUCCACAAGCAGUCAUAAUCCUGAUGACAAGACAUCUGAUCUCGAGAAGAAUCCAAAAGUGGAGAUUGAGUAUAGCGACCCCGAGCUACGCGGGGAUGAUACGGUGACUCUCAAGACAUGGGUCGUUGUUGUGGUUCUUGCAAUGUCUUAUGGAAUCUCGUUCUGGCCUGUCUCGUUUUUUAGCAUAAUUCAAUCUCAAAUGGCAGUUGAAUUGGGCGAGCGAGCAGCCGAGGGAGCUUGGGUCACAGCUGCAUAUAGCUUAAGUGGUACAAUCGCAUUCAUGGUUUGCGGCGCUAACAGCGACCUAUUCGGCCGUAGAGCGUUUAUCUUGGGUGGCAACGUCCUUGUGUUGAUCGGAUCGAUCCUCGGGGGAACAGCUCACUCACUUAGACAGAUCAUUGCUGCCCAGGCUUUUCUCGGAUUCGGAGGAGGCAACUGCCAGAUAGCGGCAUUUGCGCUGCCAGAGCUAUUACCUAACAAGUGGAGACAUAUCGGGGUUGUUAUAGCUGACGCCGGUAUCUAUGUCGAUCUUAUCAUGGGCCCUGUUGUAUCGCGUAUUGCAUUUGCGAAUAAUGCGUGGAGAUGGGGCUACUGGGGUGUGACCAUAUCCCAAGGCAUCUCAUUUGUACUUCUUCUAUCCUUAUACUUCCCACCGAAGCACCCUAGAGGCAUCCCUUGGGAUCGAGCUCUUCGAGACCUUGAUUACGUCGGCAUGGUUAGCUUCAUUGCCGCUGCGUCAAUGAUCGUAUGCGGUAUCGUCUAUGUGCAACUGCGGCCCGCAAAUUCACCUAUAGUUGUCGGACUACUUGUGGCCGGAUUCACAUCAUUGAUAAUUUUUGCGCUUUGGGAGACCUUCAACAAAAAACUUAAAGAACCCCUCACACCAACAAGACUAUUUACCGCAAAUAAAGGUCGGACCCUAACCGCUCCUUUCAUCUGCAGCUUCAUCGCUUGUAUGUUUUACUACGCAACUAACUAUACGUGGCCGACUAUGAUCAGUGUAUACUUCACGAACACAUCUACUCCACGGUCUACUAUUAACUGGCUGUCCACGGUUCAGGGUUUUGGAACGAUGGCUGGAGGAGCGCUCUUGGCCCUCCUAGGGAAGUAUAUUGGGCACUGGAGAUGGCAGAUGGGUAUCCCUAUCACUCUCAUGACCUUCUUCGGUGCUAUGGCUGCCUACGUAACGCCAGAAAGGCAGGAUCUGGGAAUUUGUUUUGCUUUUUUGUGUUCGACGUUCUACGGGUAUUCCCAGUACUUGUCUAUUACGUGGGUUCAAUUUGGCGCAGAGCAGACAGAGCUUGGUAUUGCGGGUGGACUUGCUGGCGUUGCCAGAUAUGCAGGCGGUGCAGUCGCAGUCACAACGUUUUCGACCAUAAUGUUGACGGCUCAGACCAGUUACGCAAAUACUCAUGUCGUUGCGGCAGCAGAGGCAGCAGGUGCCUCUGCUGACACUGCCAACGCUGUCCUCGCUGCCCUUCCCAUGGGAGCUGCCGCUCUAGAGAAAAUACCAGGGUUGACUCCAGCCAUAGCUGAAGCGGCCGGUUCAGCAUUCGUCCAGAGCUGGGUGGAAGGCGUCAAGAAAGUUGCAUUUUCGUCAAUCGGUUUUGGCAGCGUCGCAAUUAUUGCUUGUUUCUUCUUGGAGGACAUUGGGCCAAAGAUGAAUAAUCGAAUUGAAGUCUUCCUAGAAAAUGAUACUCAAGCACAAAAGAAUGUGUACCACUAG